AUGUCGGGACGGAACGCCCCUCGCUCCAAGAAUGGCUGCAGUACCUGCCGUCGUCGAAAGGUGAAAUGUGGAGAGGAACGCCCUGUUUGUCAGCGAUGCUCCAGUCUGCGCCUCCAUUGUGAAUGGGGGGUGCCGGUGAAGCGAGGCCGUUCCGUCCAGGUGCGAGACCUGCAGCCAGCUCCUCGGCCGCCAUCGCAGCAGGAGGAAAUCAGCUUAGAUUUUGGGAAUCUGGCGCUGUUGUGGGAGCGAUCUGCAGCAUCAGCGUCGCCUGGACAGCCAACUUCACUGCCAGCCGCUUUGCCGUUUUUUCCUCCCUUUUCGUAUCCGACUCCCAUCUAUCCCUCCGUGACGACGCCGGAGAUCGCGUGUGCCAAUUCCUUGGUGCUUUCCAAGCAGGACCAGAAGUACUUUCAAUACUUUCCAUCGUCGUCGCUUGUAUUCUAUUACAUGAAAGCGUGGCAAUGGAGCAGCUUCUGUUAUCUGUACCAGGGGCCAGCGGCCACGAGCAAGGCGAUUAUGCGAAUGAUACUGGCGCUCUCCGCGAGCGACAUGCACCGCAAAGGGCUGGACGCUCGUUCACCAGGUCGCCCAACAGCAGAGGACCACGCACGGUAUCACUACGGACUGGCGGUCAAGGAGUUUCGGCAAACGCUGGAGACGCCACGGCGACACAUUUCGCACGACGAGUUGGAGAUGAUCUUUGUGACCAUGUUCCUGAUGGUCAUGUAUGAAUGUCAAUUUGGACACCACGUGCGGCAUUUGCAGCUGCAUCUGCAGGGUGUGCGAUCGUUGCUUGAAACUCAUCCGGAGUUAUUCCAGAACCGCAACGUGGACAAUGUGUUUUCCUUGAUGGAUACUGAGCUGCCUGGCCCAACGUCUCAGGAUAUCUCUUUUGUCCCAAUUCAAAUGCUCCUGUGGAUGUUAUACGUGGAUAUCAGUGCGCAGCCGAUGGGCGCGACAGAGUCACUAUACGACUACGUUUUACAGUCGGGCAACGCGGCAUUGCAACCGGACCACCUCUACCAGGGCGCACGUCUCUGGGGUCGAUGUUUCUGGGGUGAUCAAUAUCCGGAGCAAGAGGUGAUGGACGAUAACGAGAAUUACCGGGGACUGGAGUUGAUCCAUGUUGGUAUGGUCUUACAACAUGUAAUAUGGAGGCUAGCCAUGGGGAACCCAGUGGUACCUGGCACGACUUCUGAAUCUCUUUUUCAGGAGAUGAUGGCCAUUCGAAAUAGAUACUCUGAUCUCUUCAUCACAGCCAAAAUGGCCCGCGGCCAUUCCGCCUACCGCACGAUCAACACAAUCCUCAUGGCCGUUGCCAAUUUCUACGCCGAAGUCCUGUUCCACCGCCGCGUACUGUGCAUCGACACGCCACCGUCCCCAUUCCAACGGCAAGCGCUAGGACAUAUUAUGGAGAUUGCCCAGAAACAAUACACCUGGGAUCCACGAUUGCUGCGACGAUUACACUGGCCACUUCUAAUGGCCGUUGUCGACACGCCCGACCCCGUCGCACGCGAGUGGCUACAACAACGACUGGCGGAGCUGCGCGCGUCCCAUUCAGAGUAUUCCUGGGCGAACCGCGUCGCGGACGAGGUAUUGGUAGAACAGGAUAAAAGUGGAGGAUAUGUGAAUCUGCUUGAGUUUUUGCGCACCCAUGUACAAUAG